AUUUCCCUCUUUCAAAAAAUAUUUCCCCAGCAGAGGGUUAAUAAUGCCACAUUGUUUACUCACUUAGUAGCAAGGUACAUAAGGAAAUUUCUGUGAGACUCAAAUUGAUGUAGAUUGUUAUAGAUGUGCAUUAAAAAUGUUUGAAGCAAGAUUCUAAUGUUUUUUUUUUCAUGGUGAGAGGAGAUCAUGGCGGAGAAAAUGUAGGUGUUGCAGAAUUAAUGUUCUCAGUUCGUGGAACUGACACCAACAGCUUCAUUGCAGGAAAAAGUGUACACAAUCAACGGAUCGAGCGCCUGUGGCGUGAUGUCUUCAUGAGUGUUACUGGUCUAUAUUACAACAUCCUGCACUCUCUGGAAGACCAAGACUUGCUCGACAUCAGUAACAUCCUUCACAUGUUUUGUUGCCACUAUAUUUUCUUGUCUCGCAUCCAGGCCAGCCUGGAUGUCUUUAGAGAUGCGUGGGACAACCAUCCAAUCAGGACAGAGGAAAACAUGACACCAAAUCAGCUGUGGCAUCUGGGCCAGGCUCUGAAUCCUGUUUCUGAUCCAGGGGCAAAUGGUAUACCGACACCAGAGAUUGAAUGGGAGGAGAAUGGAUACAUGACUGAACCUCAUCCUGGGAUCAAUGUCCCUGUACUGGACAGUCCUCUUACAGAUCAUGAAAUGUUGGAACUGCAGGACAACAUAAUCCGUUGCAACAUUCAGACUCUUUUGGGAGUGGACACAUAUCUUCACACUGUCCAGUAUGUUGAGAACUUACUUGAGGCUAGAUGAUUACAUGUGUGAAGAAGGAAGGAGAGAGAAGGUAGGGAGUUAGGAAGAAAGAAAACAAUUAAUGAGACAGGAAGGAAGGAAGUUAAAAAGUGAAGGAGUGGUCCAUUUUAAGGUUAAUGUACUGUAUAUUGUUAUUCAAGGGAUUUGCCUUUGUAAAUAUGAAAUGCUAAAGGAUAGACCCCAAAAUAGAUGUCUAAAUUCAUUUAUAGUUGUGUAUUUCCUUAAAGUCUUUGUCACCCUGAUUUAUUUUAGACCAGGAAUGUAUUUGAAAAGGCUGCUGUUCACUUCAUCUAUGCUACAAUUCUUCAAAAUGUAAAUGUGCUAUCAUUGCUAGUGUUGGUUUAGUAACAUACAUCUUCCUGUGUAUCCAGCUCUAAUAAAAACAUUUAAA